GAGGCCGCGUAUGAAGCGUAUUCUAGAAAAGAAAUUACGCACUUUUGACGACGUAGACGCGAUGUGCUCUAUGCUUGUUGUGGAUUUUUUUUCUCCGCAAAUCUCACUCGGGGGGCAAAUGCGGCGGUGGCAGUCAGCUGUGCUCCCAAUCUUAUCAUGACAAAUGAGUAAUGAAUGGUAACAAACGCUUCGACGAUGGAGGGAAUGCUGUACAAGUGGACCAAUUACAUAAGCGGGUGGCAACCCCGCUGGUUUGUGCUGGACGGCGGAACUUUGUCGUAUUAUGACUCUCAAGAGGAUGCCUGGAAAGGCUGCAAAGGGAGCAUUAAAAUCUCCGUUUGUGAAAUUCAAGUCCAUCCGUCCGACUCCACUCGUCUUGACCUGACCAUACCCGGAGAGCAGUACUUCUACCUGAGAGCCAUCAACGCAGCGGAAAGGCAAAAAUGGCUGGUGGCUCUGGGAAGCGCAAAAGCUUGCCUGACAGACAACCGGACAAAAAGAGAAAAGGAGCUCCAGGAGAACACGGAAGCGCUGAAGACAAAGAUGUCGGAGCUCAGGUUGUACUGCGACCUUCUGCUCCAACAAGUGAACAAAAUCAAGGACGGCCACGACGACGACGACGAGUUCGGUGUCGCUGCAGCGAGCGGAAUGGACGCCGGCAACCUGGUGAAGUCGACGUGCACCACCUUCCUCAAGACGUUGGAGGAGUGCAUGCAGAUCGCCAAUCGUACCUUUGCGCCAGACGCCUCCAAGCCGAGCCCGCCGGCGUCGCCCCCCGUCGCCGCCGUCAAACCUCAGAAGAUCAAAGCUGUCAAUCAGUUAAGGCAGCGCCUCGGCGAGAAAGCUUUGUCGGAAGCAGACGGGACGGCGCACGACGCCCGCAGCCUCGACUCCGGCGCAGGAGCGCGCGAUGAACCGCACGGACCAGAACCUUUCCCGACAGACGUCCACACGGCCAACGGCGACAACUCCGCGCAGGAGGAGAAAGUCGAUCCCCUUCCUCCCGCGACCCAGAACGCGUCUCAGGCCGAAGGUUCUGCAGCGGCCGACGUAGACGAGGAGCGAAAGGAGAGCCCAGGAACGGCGGCGGUGGAGGCGGAGGCGGAGGAGGAGACCGGCGGCGGCGGCGGCGAGGAGCCUCGACACGAAGCGUCCGCGGACGGAGAAGACGCCGACUGUGAAGAAGACAUUUUCAAGGACUCCGCGGAGCCAGUGGAGACUUUUUUCAGCACAAUGAGUCACAGAUUUAGCGAUUUAAAGCUGGAUGACGACAACGGCAUCCCCACGCGAGAGUUUUUGGACUCGUGCUACGCGAUCGUGCCCGUGUUAGACAAGCUGGGCCCCACCGUUUUUGCUCCGGUGAAGAUGGACUUUGUGGGAAACAUCAAGAAAAUCCAGCAGAAGCUGAUGUCGGACCCGGCCGCCUUCCCCACGCUGCAGUCCAUCGUGCUGCACGAGGUGGACGGCCGGGUGGCCGAGGUGCGCAACUCGGCCACCGAGGCCCUGCUGUGGCUCCGGCGGGGCCUCAAGUUCCUCAAGGAGUUCCUGGCGCGGGUCGACGCCGGCGAGCGAGACAUCCACGCCGCGCUCAAUCACGCUUACGGAAAGACCCUCCGGCAGUAUCACGGAUGGGUGGUCCGCGGGGUCUUUGCGCUGGCGCUGCGAGCCGCUCCGUCCUACCAGAGCUUCACGGCCGCCUUGGUGACCACCGAAGGCGACGAGCUGAAGAGCGGCUUCGCCAGCGGCGUGCGGCGGGACCUCGGCGUCUACCUGCCCGCCAUGGACCGGCUGCUCGCCGUCCUGGACGACCUCUACGAGGAGCACAACCUGGAGUCCGACGAGGUGGUGUGAAACGCGGGCGCGGGAAGUCCGGAAGGCGGCGCCAAGUGUGCACCGAGGGGCUUUCGGCAUCAAAAAAAUGACCUGUCAAUUGUACGUACUUUAAAAAGUACAUAACUCUGCGAGAUCAAAUUUUGAGUUCUGAAUUUUGAAAUCAUAUCGCAGAAUGUGCAAUAACAUGCAAGUAAAUGAAGAAAAAUCUGUCAGUGUUUCUAUAACAAAGCAAACUCGGACUUUUUAGGACAACUCGCUAAUGUUGCACUGCGUAUUUUUAGUCUUUCAAAUUUGAACAAAAAUGCUUUUUUUUUUUUUUUUUUUUAAAUUAACUCUUAUGAGGGACCAACGAGGACGGCUUUUAGCACCCUAACACUGGAAGAUGGAAAAUAAGAUUUUCAUGCGGAACAUGCUCACGACCAUACCGACAUCUGCUCAACAGGCCAGUGCGUAGUGUGCAUUUUUAUUUAUUUCGUCAUAAGUUAUUAACGUGUCAUCUCGUUUCCAUCUGAAGACGCGAUAACCGCCUUGAAUCAAACUCAAUAAUCCUAUUUUAUGAAGUGGAAAAUAUGUUCUAAUCUCGUCCAUCCACGUGUGUUGUCAUGUGUGCUAACUUAUUACUUAUGAGCCAGUCAAGCAUUAUUUUUCAUGGUUAUAAGACCUUGUCAUUUUUUUUUUUUUAACAUGCAGUCAACUUGCACAAUUUGAAUAUGGUUGCUGAUGUAAUUCAUUAAAUUGUGCUGUUGGAAUAUUUCGGGUGCUUUUACAUAUAUGUGUGGAAAUAUUUGAUAUGUACUUAAUAAAAAAAAAAAA